AUGAGCUCUAACAAUGACGCGGUGUUUCUGCGUCGCAACAACCAAAUCCAAGAUGCCAUUGACUCACAGAACAUGAAACAGGCCUUACAGCUGCUCGAGAAGCGCAUGAAGAAAGGCGAGAAUACUCAGUUUUUGAAGGCGAACUCUCUCGACAUACUCCAUCGCACGCUGCGGAAGAUGGAUGACCAUACCGAGCUUCGGAGUGCCAUAUGGGAACGAGCAGCUAAGGCAAAACCACAAGAUCAUGCUCUUCAGAUGAGGUGGUUCACGUUCGGAUAUGAGGCUGGUGAUUGGAAGUCAGCCCAGAAAGCUGCAAUGAGUCUUCAAAAGAACUUUCCUCGGGAGCGAAAGUACUAUUUCUGGGCUAUUUUCCUCUGUUAUCUCGUUUCAGAUGACGUGGCUAGCUCGGACAUGGACCGCAAGUUGUUUGGGACACUUGCCUAUCGCUUUGCUCAGAAGGCAGUAGCCGAUGUCCCCUCUAACCCGACUGAAUUGCUAAGCCCUCCGAGAGCCAUACAAACCGCCGAGGAACUUCUCUUGGUUAUUCGAAUUCUCGAAUCGCAGGAUCGCUGGGCAGAGGUUGUGCAGGUUCUCAAUAGCGAGAAUGCUGGUCUCAGCUCUCGGAUUGUUAAUAACGACAGAACCUUCAUGUCAAGCAAAGUCACUAGCUUGGGGGCAGCUGGACUCUGGGAAGAAGGGCACUCAUACGCCAAAAGCCUGCUCACCGUGUCUGAAGACGAAGCAGAGCGCAGCACUCUACAUGAGCGCGAUGAUUGGAAAUACUGGAACUUGCUCAUUGCAGCCGUGCGUCAUCUUGACAACAUUCCAGGGCUACUUUCCGACACGCAGCAGCAUAUCGAGAAGUUCAUCGAAUUCAGCCCAAAGUCCCGCAAUGCGCACAUUGCUCUCAUGGACAUAGUCCUAACCGGGUUCAAACGGGGCGAGCGGACAGAGGACGAUCUGGUUCUUGCGUGCCAAAGAUACUUCGAGCAACACAAGCACAAACUCUAUGCUUUUAAAGACUUACGAGGGGUCUUAGAGACCCGUGAUGAUACUUUGAUUCACCGAGUAUCUCAGCAUUGCAUGGACAUUGUUGAAGGGAAACCCGACGAUGCCAUUCCAUUGAUCAAUGCGUACAAGCUGCAGUACUGUGACCGGAUUUCAGGCAACAGCAAUGCAUCUAAAUCCAUUAUUGAGACUCUUGUCCGCAAUUGCCUUUACUUUUACGAUGCAUUCACACUUUUAGCAAAGACCCAAGACUCAAAGAAUGAAAGCCAACCAGAUACUGCUUCCGCGAUGGAAAGUCGGCCCACGGAUGACUUCUGCAUCAUUGCUGCAAUGGCCCUUCUUCAACCCAGCCCAGCUGGCCAGGCAUCUGAAAAAGUCAGCAACACUGCCCUGAUUCGCGCCGCCGGGAUUCUGGAACGCCUUCUAAUAGAUUCACCCCAUAACUACGAGGCGAUUCUUAUGUUGAUCCGCAUUUAUCUUCUUCUUGGCGCUGGCUCCAUUGCCUUGAGGUGGUUUGGCAAGCUGUCCCUCAAGCAAAUGCAGUAUGAAAGUGUUGCUCAUAACCUCUUCACCCGCUUUGCCACCAUCCACCCUCAUCCCGCGCCUUCCAUUGAGGGUGCGGAGUACAAGGACUUUGAUGCGCAAGUUGGAUUCAUCGCCGCUCUCGACUUUUAUCGUAAUGCAAACUUCACUAUCAAGAACUCUUUGAUAAAAGGGCUCGACGAUGGGACUUAUGUCAAUCUAGAUGACUCAAUCGAGCUUCAAAAACGUAUCAGGGACAGUGUCUGCCGGAGAAUGUGGGCUCUGGACUUACGGCGGAUGCAAAGAAUCCGCAAAGGAAAACACUUGGCCCUCCAUGAGGACAUUGCCCAGGAUACAUCACCAGCUCAAGACCAGCGGAAGUAUGAUGGUUUUAUGAACCUGGAACGUUGCGAUAAAUCUCCAUUUGAGCACCGAUUGCGCGCAGGCCCGAUUCCUGGUGAAAACUGGCUGGCAUCCGCCCGGCUCACUGAUCGACUUUUCAGUGUUCUUGAGAGCAUUAGUAGUCAGAAGCCAGUCGUCUUGAAGCUAGAGCUGCCCCAAAUCGACAAGAUGUCGCUGUCCCAGACUGAUGAUGAUCAUACCGAGGCCGAAAGGGAUGCCACCAAGAUUCACGUAGAAUUGCUGAAAGUGGCUUUGUUUAUGGCUGGAUCCAAGGCCCAUACUUCUACCGAAAUUGAGACUGCUCUUGGCGAGGUAGAGGAUUGGUUGAAGGCCAAGAGAGAGGAUCUAGCUCUGGAAGACACUAAGAAGUCUUCUCUUAUCACGAGAACGACCAUCGAGUUCACCUCAGGAAUCCCUGGUGCACCAACAUGGGAAUAUUUCCAUGCCAUAUGGACCCUCGUGGAGACCCUCAAGGCUCUAUGGAAUAUUUUCGAUCUGGAUUCUCGAAAGGCCAUUAAAACUGCCAAACUCCCUGCCGAAAAAAUGAAGCAACUGAACACUCUUGUUCGUGAAGUUUUCGAGGAUGUCCGUUCGAACACCCGAAGUUUGAAACAGGGCCUUGCCGAAUCAGCUACUCUCAGUACACUCAUCGACAUGGUCAAGCUAGGCGAUGCAACCGAUGAAUACGAGAAGCCGCUUCAAGAUGUUUUGGAGAAGGUGAUGGAUGAAUCUGCACUCGAAUUGUUCUGCGGAGAGCUGAGGGAGAGCUGGGAGGAGGCACUCGAUGGAGCAAAAGACCAGGCGAUUUUCACACGGCUCCCUCACCUCCUCUUCGACAACCUCCGCCAACCCCUUCAGUCAACAACCGUCGAGAUGGCCGAACGCUCCGGAAUUGUGGUCGGACUCAACGCGGGCCGGAAAACCACCGCCCUCAACACCCCCAAGACCCGCAUCUCGCGCACCAAGGGCAAGUCUUCCCGCCGUACCGCUUUCGUCCGCGAAAUCGCCCAGGAGGUCGUUGGUCUCGCUCCCUACGAGCGCCGCAUCAUUGAGUUGCUGCGCAACGCCCAGGACAAGCGUGCCCGCAAGCUCGCUAAGAAGCGCCUCGGUACUUUCGGCCGCGGCAAGGCCAAGGUUGAGUCCAUGCAGAAGGUUAUUGCUGAGUCUCGCCGCACCGCUGCCCACUAA